AACCCUCACAAAGAUACUGAUUGGACUUCUGACGGGCGAUCAAAGUCUACUUUCACUUUUAUUAAAUUGUAUUUUUUCUUAAAUCAUGGCAUCUGGGAGAGUUGAGCCAGCGUAUUGCAGAGGUAGCCACACAUUGGUUGUUCCUAUGCUGAUGUUUAAGCAGAACAGGGAAAAACUGUGUGCACGACUGAGGCAAAACAAAGAUGUGCCAAAGGGGGCAAUGGUCCUAUUACAAGGAGGGGAGGCUGACACAAGAAAUUGCUCUGAUCAUGAACCCUUGUUCAGACAAGAAUCAUUUUUUCACUGGAUGUUUGGAGUUGAGGAACCUGAUUUCUAUGGGGUUCUUGAGGUAGAUACAGGAAAAGCUAUACUCUUCCCACCUAAACUACCUGAUGCAUAUUCUGUUUGGAUGGGCAAACUGUUAACGGAAGAAGAUUUUAAAGUUCGCUAUGAGGUAGAUGAGACCUAUUUUAUACCAGAGAUCGCCAAUGUGCUGAAAGAAAAAUCUCCCUCUGUUUUGCUGACAUUGCGAGGUUUGAAUACUGAUAGUGGUAAAUACAGUAGAGAGGCCGCCUUUGAUGGCAUCAGCGAGUUCAAAGUGAAUAAUGAAAUCCUUCACCCAGAAAUUUCUGAAUGUCGUGUGUUCAAGUCCGAUAUGGAACUUGAGGUGUUGAGAUACACAAACAGAAUCAGUAGUGAGGCCCACAAGGAGGUGAUGAGAAAUGUGAAACCAGGGAUGUAUGAGUAUCAAAUGGAGAGUAUGUUUCACCACUAUUGCUAUUUCCAAGGUGGACUCAGGCAUCUGUCAUACACCUGUAUAUGUGGAAGCGGUGAUAAUGGCUCAGUGUUGCAUUAUGGUCAUGCAGGUGCCCCCAAUAGUAAGCAAUUACAUAAUGGGGAUAUGUGUUUGUUAGACAUGGGCGGAGAGUACUACUGCUAUGCCUCGGAUAUAACUUGUUCCUAUCCAUGUAAUGGCAAGUUUACAGAAAAACAGAAGGGGAUUUACAAUGCUGUACUGAAGAGUAGCAGGGCUGUCAUGGCUGCUGUCAAACCAGGAGUAUCUUGGGUAGACAUGCAUUUGCUGGCUGAUCGUGUACAACAAAGGGGAUGUUAUGAAAAUAACUACUUGAUAACCCUAUGUUUUGUAUUUGUACAGUUGUUAGACGAGGCCUUAGCAAAUGCUGACCAAGCCAGAUUCAUGUGUAGGGAGGUGAUUGAUCAAUACAGAGGUUUUGGUGGGGUACGAAUUGAAGAUGACAUUGUGGUGACCGAGGAUGGAAUGGAGUGUCUAACUGUAGUGCCACGUACGGUGGAGGAAAUAGAACAGCUGAUGGCUGAAGGUGAAGGUUGUCGAGUGACCUUGCCACAAGAAGCAGGAAAACCAGCGCUGUAGUCAUGUGAUAUAUAAGUGAUAGUGUAAUAAACAAACAAUGAAUGCUAACUUUAUUCAUGUUCUAAUAUGAAUAUAUAUAUAUAUUUAAAUACACACAAAUUUAAUUAUUUAAUUAUUAUUUAGUUAAAGCUACAUUUAAUAAAUAUGUAAAAAUAUUUUGCUGUCGGCCUAAAAACAAGCAUUCUACAGUUCCAUUAACCUUUUUAAAAGUAUUGUUGUAAAUCUCCUCAAAUAUUGUUCAUAAAAAUGGAUUUUAAACGGAAAACCCAACGGAAACACUAAAGUUCGUAUACAAAUUUUAACAUGCAAUUGAAGACUAUAAUCAGCUCAUGUAUGCGCGACUUCAGAGGGUUAUAGUUGCUAUCCGGAACACAGCAAAUAUAAGAUUUUCUUGUGCAAACACAUUUUAACCGUUUUAGCUUCACGGUGCACUAGGCCUGAUGCUCAGAAAAAGUAAUCAUCUCAUAAAAAAGAUUAAAUUUGUAUGAAAACGUCUGUUACAAUGUGGAAAUAUACCGUUAAAUUAGGACCGCUACUUAUAGUAAUGUUUGUUGAUAUAAUAUUGAUGUACAGAUUAUCCGAAGGCGGAGUUUCUCAUGCAAACAGAAAUUGUACUUCGAUUUCGCCACAAUGAGGUUGUCCAUUUUUUAUGCUUAUAAAACUCAUUUUGGUUGUCUGGACACCAAAAUAAGAUCUGGAGUCGUUAUGAAACCCAAUUUAUUAAUGAAAUGUCGCUAUUUCUGUUUUUGUGAAAUUUAUUAAAUGUAGCUUUAAGUAGUGUUUAACACAGUAUAUAAUUAGAUGAAAAGGAAGAAUACAAAGAAACUACACGUCAACACCGGAUAAAUGUGAACAAAAUUUCAAUAAAGAUCUACAGGUUUCCAACCUAUCUGGUCCUUCAUCAGGAUAAAAUUUACAAAAAAUAAAUCAAUCUAAAGUAUAAAAAUUGUGUAAGAUGGUAAGUCACGUGAUAUAUAAAAAUAAUAACAAAAUUAAUAAAGUUUUCUAAAAAUAGAUAGAGUUUUGGAAAGUUGCCAGUAAAGUUAUGAAGAUGUGCGAAGUUUCUUAGCCUUUGUUAAAUUGUUGUUUGGAAGGUGCCAUAUACACUGUAGAUGUUGAUGGUCAGUUCAUUUUCACUAUUAUACAUUAAGUGUUCUUCCUUGCAAAUUGUUGAUGAUGAUGAUGAGCUAUUACUUGGUGAUUAGGUGCUGUCUGUUUGUUGAUAUUCUUCUGUUUGUGGUGUUGGGCUUAACGGUAAAACUGGUCUGGAACUAUAUAAUUGUGUAGACUACAUAUUUGAAAUAACAUAUAAAGUGAAAUAUAUAUUGUGGCGGGGGCAGGGGGGGGCUUGUUUACCCUAGGCAUCGGAAAGAUUACUUAAGAAAGAUAUACAUGUAUAGGACACAUCCAAUUAAGUUUCAUUUGUGAUUAUGUAUUUUCGAGAAAUUUUAAUCGUUGUCAAAUGUGUGCAAUAAAAAGCUAAACAUACUUUACUAAGAAGUUUGACAUGUAAAGCUUAUACAUUUCUAUUAAUUUAAGUUAACAGUAAACAUGUUGUACAAUGAUUUUAAAGUUUUUUUUUUUUAGUUUUUUUUUUUUUUUUACAUACAUCAAAUAUGUUUCAAGCUGUCUCCAGAUUGUAAUGGUAUAUUUAUGCUUAAAUGGACAAAUUAUUUAAUUUUCUUAUAAGGUCUUGUUAAAGUAAGAUUUAAAAAUUUAACAUGUUAAAUUCAAUUUUGUUCAGAAAUUCUAAGCAGUUUUCAUAUCACAGAAUCAUUUAUUUCUAGUCAAAAAUAACUUUGUACAAUAUGAAAAAAAUGUAUAAAUGUGGUUAAGUUUUUGUAUGUAAGCUGGUAUCUCCAUAACUACUGAAGGGAAUAGAUUGAAACUUCACACACUUGUUCUCUGUGAUUAUCUAAGAUGAUUGGCACAAGUCCCAUAACUCUGAUUUGCUUUUUUUCAUAAUUAUGCCCCUUUUUCGACUUAGAAAUUCUUGGUUAAGUUUUUGUAUGUAAGCUGGUAUCUCCAUAACUACUGAAGGGAAUGGAUUGAAACUUCACACACUUGUUCUCUGUGAUUAUCUAAGAUGAUUGGCACAAGUCCCAUAAUUCUGAUUUGCUUUUUUUCAUAAUUAUGCCCCUUUUUCGACUUAGAAAUUCUUGGUUAAGUUUUUGUAUGUAAGCUGGUAUCUCCAUAACUACUGAAGGGAAUGGAUUGAAACUUCACACACUUGUUCUCUGUGAUUAUCUAAGAUGAUUGGCACAAGUCCCAUAACUCUGAUUUGCUUUUUUUCAUAAUUAUGCCCCUUUUUCGACUUAGAAAUUCUUGGUUAAGUUUUUGUAUGUAAGCUGGUAUCUCCAUAACUACUGAAGGGAAUGGAUUGAAA